CAGCGGGCGUCCCCGCCUCCGCUCCCGGGCCUGCCGCGUCGCGCGUCCUCCUCUCCGGGCUCGGGUCAUCGGGCCACGCGCGAUGGGGUCCCGCAGCCCUGCGGCCGCGUUGCUGGUACUGCUGAGUGCCGGGUGCGUGCUGCCACCGGGGCGCGCACAGUACGAGCGCUACAGCUUCCGCAGCUUCCCGCGGGACGAGCUGAUGCCGCUCGAGUCGGCCUACCGCCACGCGCUCGACCAGUACAGCGGCGAGCACUGGGCCGAGAGCGUGGGCUACCUGGAGGUGAGCCUGCGGCUGCACCGUCUGCUGCGCGACAGCGAGGCCUUCUGCCACCGCAACUGCAGCGCUGCUACGCCCGCUCCCAUGCCCGCCAGCGCUGCCGGCCACGCCGAGCUGCGCCUCUUCGGCGGCGUGCUGCGCCGGGCGCAGUGUCUCAAGCGCUGCAAGCAGGGCCUGCCCGCCUUCCGUCAGUCGCAGCCCAGCCGCGCGGUGCUGGCUGACUUUCAGCAGCGCGAGCCCUACAAGUUCCUGCAGUUCGCUUACUUUAAGGCCAAUGACCUCCCGAAGGCCAUCGCUGCGGCUCACACCUACCUUCUGAAGCAUCCUGACGAUGAGAUGAUGAAGAGAAACAUGGCCUAUUACAAGAGCUUGCCUGGAGCUGAGGACCACAUUCAAGACCUGGAGACCAAGUCAUACGAGAACCUGUUCGUCCGUGCGGUGCGGGCCUACAAUGGGGAGAACUGGAGGACGUCCAUUACGGACAUGGAGCUGGCGCUCCCUGACUUCCUGAAAGCCUUUUAUGAGUGCCUGGCAGCCUGCGAAGGCUCCAGGGAGAUUAAGGACUUCAAGGACUUCUACCUGUCCAUUGCAGACCAUUAUGUAGAAGUUCUGGAAUGCAAGGUUCAGUGCGAGGAGACCCUCACCCCGGUCAUCGGCGGCUACCCCGUGGAGAAAUUCGUGGCCACCAUGUACCACUAUUUGCAGUUCGCCUAUUAUAAGUUGAACGAUCUAAAGAAUGCAGCCCCCUGUGCCGUCAGCUACCUGCUCUUCGACAAGGAUGACAAGGUCAUGCAGCAGAAUCUGGUCUACUAUCAGUACCACAGGGACAAGUGGGGCCUUUCGGACGAGCAUUUCCAGCCGAGACCCGAAGCAGUGCAGUUCUUUAAUGUGACGACGCUCCAGAAGGAGCUCUACGGCUUUGCCCGGGAACACCUGAUGGAUGAUGAUGAGGGAGAGGUUGUGGAAUACGUGGAUGACCUGCUGGAGAUGGAAGAGGCUGGUUAGUCCACAGCAACUACAGAGACUUUCUCUUCGUGUUCUUCAAGUGCCCGGGCUGUUGAUACCUCAGAGCCUCCCCUUUUAAAGGCAAGGGGAGCCACCAUCCCUUUACCACAUGGAACCAGGGUCCAGCCUGCCCUCCCUGUGUUCACACCUGUCCACCCAGCUGCCUUCUCUGUACUCACACUCGUCCUCAUGGUCAUGUCUCCCCACCUGUCUCUCUGUCCACGCACACCUCCCCAUCCUCCCAUCCGUCCUCCCCAUGUUCAUCUCUGUCUGCCCUCUGAUCCCUCCUGUUUCCCCCUGUUCAGAAAGACAGUCUUCUGUGGUCUGUUUUUUUUUUUUUUUAGUCCCUAAAACAAUUCAGUAUUAUUUUUUAAGUAAGAAAAACACUAAAAGAUGAUAAAUAUAUUUGAAGAA